GGUUGACGAAGAGUGUCAUUCGAGCGUCGUCGAGACGAAGGUGUGCUGGUGAAUUCCAAGUGGUGUCCAGCGACGAGAAUGGUCCAACCGAAAACUCUGUACGACGCGAUUAAGCCGUUAAUCGUGGCCAACUUCAUCGUUGGCUUGGGCAUCUGGCCCGGCGAGACGAUCAUACGGAAGACCAUCAGCAUCGGCUAUUCAGUGUUCUGUCUGAUCAUAUUCGGCGUCCUCAUUAAGCUGUCCAUGUCGUACUUCGACGAGACGUAUCAGCAGAGGUUGAACGAGAUCAGCAACAGGACGUUUCAAGCGGUCUUCUACACUAACAUCGCCAUGACGCUGUGUCUCAUCAUCACCAGCAUAUGGAGAAUCAAGAUCAUGAAAGACGCGUAUGAACGCAUCACGAUAUGCGAAAAGGCCUUUGAACAAAUGAAAGUGAGCACGAAUUAUCGCAACAUGUUCCUGUAUCAAAUCUACGCGUUCGUAUUCGUUGUGUUGAUAUUCAUCAUAUUCUCCGUUAUCAACUACGACUUGAUGGUCGAACGAGACGUGAUGCCUUUUCAUGUGAAAUUCAUCAUCAUGCUCGUCGGACAUUAUCCCGUCGCUCUACUUUACGUGGCCGAUAUAUCGUUCCUGCACUGGGUCAGAUACUCAAAGAUUCGAUUCAAGCAAUUGAACGAUUUGCUGCAACGGAUGCUAACGACCACCCUCGACUCGCCGCAGCACAAGAGGGUGCUGAAGAUGAAGGACGACUGGAACAAGGCUUUCGUCUCGUCCGCGCAACAGGAGCAUAAAACUAAGGAAAACGUCGACACUAUGAGGGCCGUCAAGCAAGUCCACCUCGAAUUGAUCAAAUGCAUCAGAAGGACGAACGAUGCCUACGGUAUACAGAUCCUCCUCUCCAUGACAAUGUCAUUCGUGUUCAUCACCUCUCUUCUUUACAACGCCUACAAAAUCUACUGGAUCAACAUACCAAGGAACGAGCUGGUGCAGCAAAUGGUGUCACUCGGCUGUUGGGCCCUUUUCUACAUGUCUAAGGUCUUCGUUAUAAACCACAUGUGCGCAUUAGCGAGCAUCGAGGCGGCAAGCACGGGUGAUAUAAUUUGCGAACUGUACGAGCCUUCCACCAGUAAGGAAUUUCGCACGGAGAUACGAGACUUCACUCUGCAACUGAUACAAAACCCGUUGAUCUUCACGGCGUGUGGAUUUUUCACUCUCGAUCAUACGUUCAUUCACGGAGUGAUCGGCUCGAUAACCACGUACCUCGUAAUUCUCAUUCAAGUCGGAGACAUAACGCCGGACGAGUCCACCAACAGUACAGCGCUGUUCAAUGCAACGAACUUCACCGUAAUUAACAUUGUCUAAGCACGAAAUUCACGUGUGUCAUUAGUUUGUCAAUACAGAUCAGGAUCAACAUGUGUAACUGUAAAUUAUUAACGAUCAUUGAUUGAGAGAUCGAAAUUGCAGAUUCGUAUUCGUGGACCGUCACGUGCGGUUAUUCAAAUCAAUAUUUCUUGUUGCGUAAGAUAAAUAGACCGAGAUUCAUGAAACUAUUUGUAAUUUUUUCUUGAAUGACAACGCACUAUGUGUACAUCUGCCGCGGAGCAAAGAUCGGAGAAUGUCAUGUAAUCAUUCUGAAAAACGCAUACGAAUAAUGCGUCUGUAGUAAGAGUAAAAAGAGAAAAAUAUGCAUGAGGAUUUGAGAGAAGUGCUCGCUUGUUCUUACAUCGAGUAUUCAAUUUUUCAUGCAUACUGAAGAACGUUGUGUAUCUCAGCAAAUCAAAACGACAGUUCAAUAAAACACUGUUAUAUUUUUUCUACUCGAA